AUGCGAAAACGUGCUCAGCUGCAAGGGAAAUCCAGUAGAGGAGACUUCGUAUUUUCUGCUGAUCGUCUGAUCAGACUCGUGGUUGAAGAGGGACUGAAUCAACUGCCAUACACAGAAUGCACCGUGACCACUCCAACAGGACACAAGUAUGAAGGAGUCAGAUUUGAAAAGGGAAACUGCGGAGUCAGCAUAAUGAGAAGUGGCGAGGCAAUGGAACAAGGUUUACGGGACUGCUGUAGAUCAAUCCGCAUAGGAAAAAUCCUGAUCCAGAGCGACGAGGAGACUCAAAGAGCCAAAGUGUACUAUGCGAAGUUCCCACCCGACAUUUACAGGAGAAAAGUUCUUCUAAUGUACCCCAUACUAAGUACUGGUAACACUGUCAUUGAGGCUGUGAAAGUUCUCGUGGAACACGGCGUACAGCCGAGCGUCAUUAUCCUGCUAAGCCUCUUCUCCACACCUCAUGGUGCCAAAUCCAUCAUCCAGGAAUUCCCAGAGAUCACAAUUUUAACUACAGAAGUUCAUCCUGUCGCACCAACACACUUUGGACAGAAGUACUUCGGAACAGACUGA